AUGGCUACGAAUCCGACGUUUCAGCUUUUCUCUUCUACGAACGAUAAAUCUUCUCAAGGUUCUGGUCUAGGGUUAAGGUUCUUCGAUUCACCAGAGCCAGCUCUUCCUCCAUCGCCUCCUCCAGUUGAAGUAUUAUCCUCCGAGGCUUCUUUCUCGGUUGAUUUCGCUGUAGAUAAAGUCACUAUCGGCGAUGUCACUCUCUUGAAGGGUCGUGUGAACACUAAGGAGGUCUUUGGAUUGCCUAAUUCGGAUUUAGUUCCUGGAGUAUAUGAAGGUGGGCUUAAGCUUUGGGAAGGAUCUAUUGAUCUUGUCAAAGCUCUUGAAAAAGUAACACAAUCCGGGAACGUUUCAUUUUCCGGGAAGCGGGUUCUCGAGCUUGGAUGUGGUCAUGCACUUCCAGGAAUCUAUGCGUGUCUCAAGGGUGCAGAUGCCACUCAUUUACAGGACUUCAAUGCUGAGGUCCUUCGAUGUCUCACCAUUCCGAAUGUUAAUGCUAAUCUGUCCAAAAACUCGUCCCCUGUCUCACUAGGUGAAACAGAAGUACGCUUCUUUGCUGGUGAGUGGAGUGAAGUUCAUCAGCUUCUUCCACUAGUUAACGAUGGUGAGACUGAUAAGAAGGGUGUUUAUGACAUCAUUCUAAUGGCUGAGACAAUAUAUUCGAUCCCUGCUCAGAAAAGCCUCUAUGAACUGAUUAAAAGGUGCUUGGCGUAUCCUGAUGGUUCAGUGUACAUGGCUGCAAAGAAGUAUUAUUUCGGUGUUGGUGGCGGGACAAGGCAGUUCUUGUCUAUGAUAAAGAAAGACGGUGUUCUUGCUUCAUCCUUGGUCUCUGAAGUCACAGAUGGUUCCUCCAAUAUGAGAGAGGUAUGGAAGCUUUCGUACAAGUAA